AUUUCGGUUAAUUUCUUUGGAAAACUAGAGAAAAAGGACUCUUCUUUGUUCUUGUUUUUUCCUCACCGAUACAACAGGGAGAAGCAAGGCAUAUUCUGGUUGUACAGGUAGAGGCUUCUGUCAACAAUCAUCUACAUUUGGGUUUUCCACUGUAAGCCCCAGAACCCAUCUUUAUUUUUUUUCAUAGAAAUCGAUCCAUUUUCCUAUUUUUAUUGCAUUUGUAUUUCCAUGAUAGCUUUUCGAGGGAAAAACCCAUCUAAAGGUAAGGAAUCUUUGUCUUAUGGUGAUAUAUAUAUUAGUGUUGUUUAUAUUCCUUACUUCAGUGAUGAAUUUCUUUAUGGAGUAGUGGUUACUAGCUUUGGUGGGGUUCAGAUAUUUGAUUCUGAUUACCUCUACUUGAGGCUCACUUAGUUUGCUUCAGACAAUUUGCUGUUGUUGCUAUUUCGUUCUUAGUUUUUGACAUGUUCUUUCUCAAAAAUUUGUUUAUGGGGUUAAUUGAUUGUGUUUAAUGACUUGAAUGUUGGAGGUUGCUCUUGGAUUGUUUUUUUCCCCCUUACAAAUUCCUCCCUUUUUAUUUUCCAAUGAUUUCUUGAACUAUUUUCAUUUUGACAUCAAUGGUUCCAUUAAGAGGGAAUGAAUGGGAAGGAUAAGGGAUCUAGUAGUCAGAAUACUGUAAUUUCAGACAGUGAGAUAUUAGGCUUUCCUAGUUUUAGCUUAUUCAGCAUGCAUCAUAUUUUAAAAAGAUUUUUUUUCUUUUUAAGACAUUAAAACUUUUUUGUGCCAGAAUAACUUUUGGAUGUAAUGCAUUCAGUUUAUCUCAUUUUUUUCUGUUUUUUCGCAUUUUUCUUCUGUUUUUAAUUUGUUGUUUCUAUUUUUGGAUAGUAAGUUUGUGGUAAAUAAUUUGUAGUCGUGAUUUUUUAUUGGAGAAUCUGUGCUUUAUUUCUUAGGCUCUCCUUGAUUUUGCUUAAAAGAAUGCAGUGUGGCUGCUGGUUGUGGUGUUUCCUUGAUUUUGUAAAUUGUGAUUUUUUUUGUGCCUAAUUAUUUCAAUUGCAAUAGUGCUCUGUUUUCUGAUAUUUAUGUUCUGGAAUCCUGUGGCUCUGUUUUCUGUUAGCAUGAAAUCUUCAUAAUUUGGAGGAUAAUUCCACCUUGCUUUAUAAAGGGAGAGAAAAUAUAGAGCUAUAGAUGGCUUGGAAUCUUUGGUAAAUUGGAAUGCAUUUUUAACCUUAGGCUUUUCAAAGUGUCCCUGCCUUGUUGCUCUGUAUAACACUGCUUUGUUGUAAUAACGAUCUACAUUUAUAUAAACAUUGAUGAGUUAG